AAGUGUGUUCUAGCUUCGCAUGGCUAACUUGACUAUCAGGGCUGGUCGAGCGAACUCGCUGUCAACCAGGAGAGAGAGGGACUGCGAGGGAGAAACCUUCAGUGCGUGGCUCGGUGUUUUCCGAUUAAACCUCGCCGUCACUCGGCCUCGCCUCCUCCACCAGUGGUGAACAAAUCACUUUGUUUUUCAAGUGGUUACCGGGCGGACUUGUUGUGCGCGUGUUUUUUUUUUUCCUCCACCGGCCAACAAACGACAUUUUACCGGGGGCGGGGAGGCAAAGAAGAAGGAAACGAAGAAGAAGAAGGAAACAUGGCUACGACAACCUGUACAAGAUUCACUGAUGAGUAUCAGCUGUAUGAGGAACUUGGCAAGGGUGCCUUUUCGGUAGUGCGUAGAUGCGUGAAGCUAUGCACGGGACAGGAAUAUGCGGCCAAAAUCAUCAACACCAAAAAGCUAUCGGCCAGAGAUCACCAGAAGCUGGAACGAGAGGCUCGCAUCUGUCGCCUGCUCAAGCAUCCCAACAUUGUUCGUCUUCAUGACAGCAUAUCGGAAGAGGGGUUCCACUAUCUGCUGUUUGACUUGGUGACUGGCGGUGAAUUGUUUGAGGACAUCGUAGCCCGAGAGUACUACAGUGAGGCCGACGCCAGCCACUGCAUCCAGCAGAUUCUGGAGGCCGUGCUUCACUGCCAUCAAAUGGGCGUUGUGCACCGAGACCUGAAGCCAGAGAACCUUCUCCUGGCCAGCAAAUGCAAGAAUGCCGCGGUGAAGCUGGCCGACUUUGGCCUGGCCAUCGAGGUGCAGGGGGACCAGCAGGCUUGGUUUGGCUUUGCUGGCACACCAGGGUACUUGUCCCCUGAGGUCUUGAGGAAGGAAGCAUAUGGAAAACCUGUGGACAUCUGGGCCUGUGGGGUGAUCCUGUACAUCCUGUUGGUAGGUUACCCUCCUUUCUGGGAUGAGGACCAGCACAAACUGUACCAGCAGAUCAAGGCUGGGGCCUACGAUUUCCCUUCUCCGGAGUGGGACACAGUAACACCGGAGGCCAAAAACCUGAUCAACCAGAUGCUGACCAUCAACCCAGCCAAGAGGAUCACUGCCCAGGAGGCCCUCAAGCACCCAUGGGUCUGCCAACGGUCCACAGUGGCUUCCAUGAUGCACAGACAGGAGACAGUGGAGUGCCUGAAGAAGUUCAAUGCCAGGAGGAAACUCAAGGGAGCCAUCCUCACCACCAUGCUAGUCUCUCGGAAUUUCUCUGCAGCCAAAACUUUGCUCAACAAGAAAGCUGACGUCAAGAAACGCAAGUCCAGCUCGACUGUGCAGUACAUGGAAUCAUCGGACAGUAGCAACACCACAGUCGAGGACGAAGAUGUGAAAGCCCGCAAACAAGAAAUAAUCAAGAUCACCGAGCAGCUCAUCGAGGCCAUCAACAACGGAGACUUUGAGGCCUAUGCCAAAAUCUGCGACCCGGGCUUGACUUCCUUUGAACCCGAAGCGCUGGGCAACCUGGUGGAAGGGAUGGACUUCCACAGGUUCUACUUUGACAACCUGCUGUCCAAAAACAACAAGCCCAUCCACACCACUAUCCUGAACCCGCACGUGCACCUGAUCGGCGAAGACGCCGCCUGCAUCGCGUACAUCCGCCUCACCCAGUUUGUGGACGGGCAGGGUCAACCCCGAUCCAGCCAGUCUGAGGAGACCCGAGUGUGGCACCGCAGGGACGCCAAGUGGCAGAACAUACACUUCCACUGCUCCGGCGCUCCUGCGGCACCGCUGCAGUAGUCGGACGUGUGAGCGAGCCUCCAUUUAAUCUGUCAGGGCGGAGGACGAGGAUGAUGAAGAUAAUUUAGAGCGUCACCAGUCGGAACUUUAAGAGCAACCCCCCCCCGCCCCCCCAACACACACACGUUUGUGAAGCCUCGUGUCACUGCACUGGAAACACAUUAUGUAAAGUUUGAAGUCCUUCUUCUAAUAAUGAAUUCAACUCAUGAUUAUUACACAUUUGUAUAUAGUAUGUCAUUUGUACCAUGAAAACGAUUGCCAGUGGUUUCGAGUUAAAGGACAUUUUUUUUCCUUGUUUUUUUUUUUUUUUUUAUUAAGGAAGCAUGCACCCCCGUGGCUAUUAAGUGGAACAUUCUACGUAUAUACAGUUGUUUUUUUGUAAUUUGCAUAUUAUGCUCCGUUAGCCAUGACGCUUACACCCCGACUUAUCAUGUCUUUGGGUGCUUUAUAUUUGAAUGUUGUUUUUUUUUUUUUUAAGUUGAAUUUUUACAUUUAUUUGUGACGGUUAGGGGGUCAGUUAAACCCGGUGUCUUCCCGCUAAAAUUAUUUAUGAAUAUUUUUAAUAUGUUUAGUAAGUGAAUGAGUCAUGUCCCAAAUAAGUGCCCAAAAAAGCAAUGCAUAUAAUUAAUCUAUAUGGCCCUGAUGGGAGCUAUUCCCUCAUUCAAUACUCCCUAAUCUCUCUAAGAAGGGGUUUUUUUCUCGUUUUUUAAAUAUGACGUAUUUAGGGGAGUCGGGAAUAAGUUGAAUGAUUCAUCAGUCCAAUGAUGAUGUUUGGAAUCAUUCGCUUCAUUCUGUACUCACUUUUCGUUGUAGAGGAAUUUUUAUAGGAACUCUAUAAGUCACUACAAAGGCUACUAUAUUAAAUUAUGUAGUGAUUAUGUCCACUAAAUCUCCGAAACCAUGAAUUUUUCAGGAAAUAAAGACGGCAUGUUUUUGGACUUAUUGAACAUUGUACAGUAUUGAUUUUUGAAAAAAAAAAAUAUUCAAUUAAUGCCAUUUUGUGAUAUACUUCUGCCCGGCAACUUUCUUCUCAGUACCACUGCCUUUUUAGCUAAUGCGUCUAUUUUCUGUGUUUUAUGCGCUUAUGAUAUUUAAAUAUAAAGCUAUUUUUGUCUCCAGAUGACCUCACGCAGAUAAAAUACAGUAUAUAAAGUGAUGCUUUUGUACAGCGAGAAGACCCAGUAACCAGUUAAGCACAAAACCACAAGCAGCUUCCUCUCCUUCUCACUCCUGGCGGUGCGUUCGCUUGCUCUCUUUUUCCCCGUCACUUUCGUCCUUGCUACUUGUCUCUUGGCCCCGUUUUGCUUCUGUCCAAUGCGAUGACGAUCUUGUGCUCUUUUGUUGUAUUCUGCCGUGCUGCUUUUCUGCGCUUGGUUGGACGACUUGUGCUUGAAGGUGUUCUCAAUAAAACAGCAACGUUACUGUACGAA